AUGGAGAUGGUGUUUGUAUGGAUGAUUAUUAUGGUGACCUCAAUUGGUUUUGGCAAGGGCGAUGAAGAUUUUGUUGCAGAUGGUGAUUACAUCAAGAUCAAACGUAGCACAUUUGCAGUGCUCGUAGUUUUCGCAGUUAUGGUGAUUGCCCUUACCAUUACACUCACGAGAUACCUGAGUAGAAACAGCAAAGCUGACGAAACCAUUGACUCAACAAGAUCUUCUCAAGACAAUAAGGUUCAUGGGGAGGUGAUCAACAGGUGGUCAGGGCUGUACAAGUUCAGCAAGGGUGAGAUCGAGAAGGCGAUAAAUUACGCGAGCAGCAAGAUUUGCCUCGGCUCCGGUAGCGCAGGCCAGGUGUUCCAGGGUGUGCUACCGAGCGGUCAGCUUGUCGCGAUCAAGCAUAUCCACAAGUCAGCAAUGUCGGGGUCCUUCAUGAGGGAGGUGGAAGGCCUGUCCAAGGUGAGGCACCCCAAUCUGGUCUGCCUCUUUGGCUACUGUGAUGAUGAGGGUGACCAGUACCUGGUGUAUGAGUACUGUGCCAAUGGCAACCUGGCUCAGAACCUUCUAAGGAGUGACUCUGUGCUGUCCUGGCCAACAAGAGUCAAGAUUCUGAGGGAUUGUGCGUCUGUCUUGAGGUUUCUUCACACACACCCAGAUGGAUGCAUUGUGCAUAGAGAUAUUAAGCUCACUAACAUCUUACUGACAGAGAGCAUGGAGCCUAAGCUAUCUGAUUUUGGGCUGGCCAAGAUGUUGCAAAUGGAGGAGACUAAGGUCUUCACAGAUGUGAGAGGGACCAUUGGCUACAUGGAUCCAGAGUACAUCACACAUUCCAAGCUCACUUGUGCCAGUGACAUCUACAGCUUCGGUGUGGUUGCACUGCAGCUUCUGUCAGGAAGGAAGGUCAUUGAACUCGACACUGUUGCCCGGGAUUCCCUUACAAAGAAGGCCAAGGACGUGGUGAAUGGGAAAAAACCAUUGGACGAGUUCAUAGAUCCCCGUGUCAGAGAGGAGGUUAACAUCGAAGAUUUCGUGUUGAUUCUAAAAAUCGCUGUCCUCUGCGUGGCGCAUUCCAGCGUAGGGCGUCCAACAAUAAAGGAUAUUUUCGAGGAGAUGGACAAAGCAUUGAGCAAUACGAACUCAAAGGCUGGUACGGCUAGGACAGAAAUUAAUCCGUCAAAUAUAGUCCAAUAUACGAUGGGGCUCGACAUCGUAUGAUGCUCAUCUCAGAAGUUACAAACAGUUCCAUACAUGGAGUUUCAGUCCAAGGCUGGAUUGUGAAAAUGGAUUGCAAGGAAGAUAGGAGCUCUCUAUGUCAAGCAAAUACGAGUAUGUGCUUGCAAUAUUACUUGUCCUGCAACUAGUGGUUGCCUAUGGGUGAUGUAAAUAUACAUCAACAAGUCAAGAACCUAGGUAAAACAGUACUGCAUGAGUUAUUAAAUAAUUGAUAGCGUUGAGUGAAAUAUAUUCACUUUG